UCUGAAAGCUACACCGUGCGGCUCGGGUCGUACGGGUCGUCGCCAUGGGAGACUAUACCGCAGCGAAUCUACUCUCCUCGCGCUUCGGAACAGGUGAUACGACCGGCACCGACUUUGAAGGUCUCCCGGACCUGAGGCCGAGCUAUGACAGUUUCUUUUCUGCGGAUUCGGAUGCACAGCGAGGCGGACGCCAAAAGGCCGUCCAGUUGAAUGGUGCCAUGACAGCCCUGGAGGUCUUGCAAGAGGUGCCACUUGAGGAGGCGUUGCACACCGACGUGAGGAGUUCCGCACGUCGUUCUCCCAAGGUAGCGCUGGAAUGGGAAGAGCUUCCAGCGGGGCAGGCCUGGUUUUGGCUCAGGAGGCUCCUCCAAUCCACCUCCUGUUCUGCGGAAAGACCCUGCGACCUGGCUACGCGCCACAAUAGAGCAGCUGCAUUAGGCAAAAGGCGAAGCCAAGGGUCCAAGCCGAAGAAGUCUCACGCAGAAUUGCUAGCAGCGGGUUUCUCUGUGGAGCAAGCCGCGUACUACAGUCAGUCGUACGAGAAGGCUAAGCAGCGGCAGCAGUGGCUACAUGCAUGGGAUGCAGCUCGCCCGUGUCUACUAAACGGUGGGGCUAUCGAUGGGAAUUGUGCUGAGAUUGAUCUGCUAGCUACCUUCUUGUGCCGCGCGCAGCCGCUGCUUGCCUUUCGCACAGAGUGGUGCAUCUGGGCCACAGAAGAAAAGCUGGCAGGUCGCAUCGAUUUCGCAGCUUGUCGAUUGCAAACGUACAAAUACGAAAAUCCUUGGCACGCCUUGGCGGAGCCAUUGGAGCACCUGCCAGAGGCGCAGGGUGUCAAGUACCACUUGCAGCUCAACAUCUACCGCUUUAUCUUGGACAAGUACUAUGGGCACAUAGUCUCUUCCAUGCUUGUUGUAUGUCUCCAUCCUGAGCUGCAAGAUGGACAUUGGGCCGAUGUUGUACCUGCGAUGCCUGCUGAAAUCUGUGCAAUCAUGCAGGUACGUCGUGAUGAGGUUAGAAGACAGUGCUUCUGGCUUCACCCUGUCCAUUGCUCAGAGUCAUGCUACCGCAUCAGAUGUUUGCCACCACUUGGAAGAUGA